AUGGCAGAAGGAGAAGUACAAGACAACAUUCGCAAGGCAUUAUUUCGUUCUCCUGCCGUAGACCAGGCACAAUCAUCAGGUAUAAUUCUCAAGAUGACUGAUCAUCAAUAUAUACUUGUGUCCAUUAUCCGUAUGUUUUUAUAUGAUGUUACAGACACAUUGAUGAGCAAGCUUCAAAUAGAGCAGGACGUGGAGACCAGUGUUCGUAUUCUGCACAAAGAACAACAUGAACAGACACUGAAACAGUUACGACAGAAACUAAAAGAUCUAACAAAGGAUGACUGGAGGUACCAGCCGGUCAAUCAACUGAUUGGACUGGAGUGACCAUUGGUCACCCUUAAUGAGAUAGCCACAUGGUUUUAGUAUUGUGAGCUCAGCAUUGAUGGGAUGACACAUAUAUAAGACAAGAUUUUUACUGACUGCAAUCAUAGUGUGUGAUUAACUUUAUGUGAGCCAAAGUGCAGACUGCAGACAUAAGCUUUUUCUGCGUUUUUUAGAUCUGCAAUAAAAUUAUUAAUGUUCAGAGGGUUUUUUUAAAACCUAGGCUCAUGUCUGAAAGUGUGUUUGCAUGAUGUUUGAUGAGGAUGUCUAGCACAGCUCUGUGGAAUGGAGCAUUAUUUGCUGACUUUUAACUGUGAUAUCACUGUUCUCAGAGAGAUAGUAAUGUACUGCUCAGAGUCCAGGACAUGGGGUAGUUAUACUCCUAAAUAUGUUAUGGUUCUUUUGACCCAGUAAGAGUGUUCUGAAAGAUGUAUUUGUCACUGAUGAGACUUUUCCAACUUUUGUAACGUUAUAUAAGUAAAGCUGUAUAAAGAAAUAAAGAACUGACGUGUUUAUAAA